AUGGCAACAGACCGCGCCGCAGGGUCCGACUUCACAACCAAAAGCCGCAUUCUGGACACAGGGGCGUCGAUCGUCCAGGACUUCCGCCCCGUCAAGCAGAUCUGCGCUUUUCUGAAUGCGUUGCACGUCUACGCGUCGGAUCCGACGCGCGUCGUGGAGGCGAAUCAUUACUGUACGCAUUUGACGGAGGACAUCCGACAAUGCCUUAUCUACGACACCUCAAACGCCGGCGCCCGCCUUAUCGGGGUCGAAUACAUGAUCUCGCCGCAGCUCUACAACGAGCUGCCCCAGGAGGAGCGCGAGCUGUGGCAUUCGCACCUCUACGAGGUCAAGAGCGGCAUGCUGAUCAUGCCGGCGCCGGCGGGCACGCCGCAGAUCGUCUGGACGGCCGCCGAGACGGCCGAGAUGAAGGACAUCAUCGGCCUGUACGGCAAGACGUACCACUUCUGGCAGGUCGACCGUGGCGACAAGGUGCCCCUGGGGACGCCCCAGUUGAUGGCCAGUCUGAUCUCGGACGACAUGGCGAACAAGAUCCAUCCGGGAGGACGGAAGGCGUUGCUGGCGGAUCGCGAUUCUCGGUUUGGAGUCAACCACGAGGAGAAGGCAGAGACUCGGAAGGACAUUCCGGUGCCUGAGAAGCAUCCUGAUGCGGACGCAAUGCUGCGAGGUAGACUGCCAUAG